CGCACAACCCGGAAGUGUGUGCUCAGGCGCGUUCUCUUUAACUGCUGCUCUGUGUGUGUGCGUGUGUGUAUUUAUUUGUGUGUGUGUGUGUAUUUGUGUGUGUGUGUGUAUCUGUGUGUGUGUGUGCUGUAAUGGACAGAGAUGUUGAGGCUGAUGAAGAGGUUCGGAGCCCCUUUUUGGUCCAGAUGUCCAGCUGGGAAUGUGUUUCAGACUUUAUUCCGACAUCCGAAGAGUCGCGGAUUCCACACCAACAGGACAGGGAAACUGGUCCGUGAUGGCGAGGACAAGAAACCAGUGAUUUGCAUUGAGGGAAACAUCGCGAGCGGAAAGACGACGUGUCUGGAGUAUUUCAGCAAAACCAGCAGCAUCGAGGUUCUCACUGAGCCGCUUUCCAAAUGGAGAAAUGUUCGCGGACACAAUCCCCUGGCUCUGAUGUACGAGGACCCGGCGAGGUGGGGUCUCACACUGCAGACCUACGUUCAGCUCACUCUCCUCGACCUUCACCUGUCCACAGUCACGGCGCCUGUCAGGAUGAUGGAGAGAUCUCUGUACAGCGCAAAGUACAUAUUUGUGGAGAAUUUGUAUAACAGUGGGAAGAUGCCUGAGGUGGACUACACCGUCCUGAGCGAGUGGUUUGAGUGGAUCAUCACUAACAUCUCCAUUCCUAUCGAUCUGAUCGUGUACCUGCAGACGUCGCCGCAGAAGUGUUUGGAUCGUCUGAAGCAGAGAUGCAGAGAAGAAGAAAAAGUCAUUCCACUGGAGUACCUGGAGGCUCUUCAUCAUCUGUAUGAAAACUGGCUGAUAAAUCAAACCUCAUUUAAAGUUCCUGCUCCUGUUCUGGUGAUCUCAGCUGAUCAUGAUCUUCAGAAGAUGCUCCAUCAGUAUGAGGAGAACAGAGAGAAGAUCUUCACUGUGCCUCGGGCUUCAUGAAGAGAAACUGUUUCCACACACAUUCAGUUCUCGAGGCAGAGUUUCAUCCAACUGUGUGUUUCCUGCCCUGUUUUAACCUCAUUGUGUGUGUGUGUGUGUGUGUGUGUUGGGUUAAAUAUUAAACAAUUUAAUAAGUUAAAAAAUAAAUAUCAAUAAUAAUAAUUAGGGAUUAUGAAUCUUUGUACUGGUGGCACGGUGGUGUAGUGGUUAGCGCUGUCGCCUCAUAGCAAGAAGGUCCAGGUUCGAGCCCCGUGGCCGGCGAGGGCCUUUCUGUGUGGAGUUUGCAUGUUCUCCCCGUGUCCGCGUGGGUUUCCUCCGGGUGCUCCGGUU